AUGUGUCAUCGAGUACGUGCUGCUCAACAAGAAAUUCAAAAAAAGAAAUAUAUUGAUCAAAUGGAUGAAACAACAGCAUUUUUAACUGUGGAUUGGUCUCAAAAGAUCCUUCCACAGCAGUUUAGAGAAGGACAAACUGCUUACUUUGGUAAGAAAGGUAUGAGUCUUCUUGUAGGCUCUUUUGUUUUCAAAGAUCCUUCUCAUGAUAAAUUAAUUUCGAAAACUUAUAUGGUAGCGUUAACUAAAUGUUCACAAAGUGAGUUUGAGACAUUUUGUGCUGCACAACUGAUACUUGAACAAUUUCAUCAAGAACAUCCACACAUGUGA